AUGACGGGAAUCAGCCCAGACGUGAUCACCCACAAGCUCAACGUCGACCCCAGCUUCAGACCGGUAAAGCAGAAACGACGUAAGUUCGCUCCCGAAAGGAAUAAAAUCAUAGACGAAGAAGUACAAAACUUGAUAGAUUCAGGGAAGAUCAGAGAGGUCAAAUAUCCAGACUGGUUAGCAAACGUCGUCGUCGUCAGUGCGACAUACCAAAGAUUAGUCAACAAGAUGUUUAAAGACCAACUCGGAGACACAAUGGAAGUAUACAUUGACGACAUGCUGGUAAAAUCGAGGAAGGCUGACGAUCACGUGGAACACUUACGACAAUCCUUCGACAUACUAAAAAAGUACGGUAUGAAACUUAACCCGACUAAAUGUUCUUUCGGAGUGUCCACAGGAAAAUUCUUAGGUUACAUCGUCACCCAACGAGGAAUCGAGGCCAGCCCCGACCAAGUGCGAGCGAUCAUCAACAUUCAAUCCCCCAGGAACAUAAAAGAGGUACAGCGCUUGACAGGAAGAGUGGCGGCACUAAACCGUUUUAUAUCACGGUCGUCGGACAAGUGUCGAUUAUUUUACGACGUCUUGCGCAAAAACAAGGGGUUUAACUGGUCCGACGACCACGAAGCAGCCUUGCAAAACCUCAAAAAAUACAUGAUGUCGCCACCCCUCCUAUCCAAGCCAAAAGAAGGAGAAGUCUUACAGCUCUAUUUAGCCGUUAGCUCGACGGCCGUCAGCGCGGUCCUAGCUCGAGAAGACGAAGCACAACAACUACCCAUUUAUUACAUCAGUAAGUCACUACUGGAAGCAGAGACCAGGUAUUCCUCCCUCGAAAAACUCGUUUUAGCACUCGUUACCGCAGCCAAAAAACUAAGGCAUUAUUUUGAAACUCACCAAAUAGUGGUGAUGACUAACUAUCCAAUCAAGUCUGUGAUGCGUAGGCCAGAACUGACAGGUCGAAUGGAGAAGUGGACAAUGGCACUAGGAAGGUUCGACAUCAAGUAUCAACCAAGGACGGCUGUAAAGUCGCAGGCUCUAGCAGAUUUUGUGGCAGACUUCAGCCCCGACUUAGAGAGAAUAGCAGACGACGAAGUCAAACUCAUCAACAACAUAGAAGAAAUAUGGACACUCUUCGUCGACGGCUCAUCUAACUUUCGUGGUGCAGGUUUAGGCGUCGUACUAAAGUCGCCACAAGGGGACAUGAUAGCACAUGCAAUCUGCUACGACUUCAAGGCAACUAACAACGAAGCAGAAUACGAGGCACUAAUCGCCGGAAUGACAUUAGCUACGGAAUUAGGGGCAAGCGGACUCAACAUCUUCAGCGACUCACAACUAAUCGUCAACCAGAUUAACGGCAACUACGAAGCUAAAGACUUAAAAAUGACCUUGUUCGGAAUACCGUCAGAAAUCAUCUGCGACAACGGAUCACAAUUCAUCAGCGACAAAACAAGAGCUUUCUGCAAAACAUGGAACAUCGAGCUAAAAACAUCGACGCCCAGAUACCCCCAAGCAAACGAACAGGCGGAAUCCAGCAACAAAACGAUCAUCGCGUCGCUGAAGAAACGGUUGGACGACAAGAAGGGGCGAUGGGCAGAAGAACUACCAUCCAUCCUAUGGGCCAACAGGACGACGCCUAGGACGGCAACAGGACAGACUCCCUUCUCACUCGUUUACGGGUGCGAAGCAGUACUUCCCCCUGAAGUGACGUUGCCCAGUGCACGAUAUGGACUCAUGACGCCGGAGCAAAACGACGUAGAACUCAGCGAAAACCUCGACAACACAGAAGAUCUCAGGGAAGCAGCGUUGAUAAGAAUGGCGUCACAACAACAGAUCGUGGCAAAAUGCUUCAACAAAAAUGUCAAAGUGAAGAUGUUUAAAGAAGGAGAUUGGGUACUGCGCAAAGUAUUCCAAAACACGAAAGAAUUAAACGCAGGUAAAUUAGCACCAGCUUGGGAGGGACCGUACUUGAUCGACAAAAUCGCCGGAAAGGGGGCAUACAGACUCAUUUCCAAAGAUGGCAAAUCGGUCCCCCGAAGCUGGAACGCAACACAUCUUAAACUUUACCAUUUUUGA